AGGACCCUUUACUACUUGUGUAGUUGUAGCAGCACGGAAAUUUCCUCUCACUUCUUUAUUUGACCCCAAAAAAGAGAUUCCGGUACCCAUUGCUGACUCCUAUUCAUUUUCUUCAAUAAUCAAUUUUCCAAAUAAGCACGUUUGACUUUUCAAACGCCGCCUCCAAUUUCUAUUCAAACAUAUAAAUACACACUCACAUGUCCCCUCAUUCAUAUUCAUUACUUUUCCACAAACAAAAAUAGUAACAUAAAAAAAAAAAAAUCACAUUCUCUUUAAUUUCUCAUUUCUCAUUUUUUGAUUCUUUUAGCUUAAAAAUAAUCUGGUUUGAACUUGAAGAAACACAAGCUUGUGUUGAAGCUGUUAAACAGCAAUGGAAGGAACUGAUAUAUAUAGAGCUACUAAUAGUUUAAGAGCUCGAAGUUCAACUGUAUGGAGAAACAGUGGAGUUGAAGUUUUCUCAAAAUCAUCUCGUGAAGAAGAUGAUGAAGAAGCACUUAAAUGGGCUGCACUUGAAAAAUUACCUACUUAUAACCGUUUGAGAAAAGGGUUGUUAACAACUUCUCAUGGUGCUGCUAAUGAGAUUGAUGUUACUGAUCUUGCUUUUCAAGAAAAACAGAAACUUUUGGAUAGGUUGGUUAAGGUUGCUGAAGAAGAUAAUGAAGGGUUUUUGUUGAAAGUCAAGGAAAGAGUUGAUAGAGUUGGACUUGAUAUUCCAACAAUUGAAGUUCGAUAUCAGAACCUGAAAAUUGAUGCUGAAGCUUUUGUGGGAGGUAGAGCUUUGCCUAGUUUCAUCAACGCUGCUACUAAUGUUAUAGAGGGUUUAUUGAAUGUUCUUCAUAUUAUCCCAAGCAAAAAGAAGCAUGUGGCAAUUCUUAAAGAUGUUAGUGGAAUUGUUAAACCUCGCAGGAUGACACUACUUUUAGGUCCUCCUGGUUCAGGAAAGACCACAUUGCUUUUAGCUUUAUCAGGAAAGCUUGAUAAAAGUCUUCAGGUAUCUGGGAGUGUGACUUACAAUGGACAUGGAUUGAACGAGUUUGUACCUCAAAGAACUGCUGCAUAUAUCAGCCAGCAUGAUGUUCAUAUUGGAGAAAUGACUGUGAGGGAAACCUUGGCUUUUUCAGCAAGGUGCCAAGGAGUUGGAUCACGUUACGACAUGCUAUCUGAGUUGUCUAGAAGAGAGAAAGCAGCAAAUAUCAAGCCUGACCCAGAUGUUGAUGUCUACAUGAAGGCGAUUUCAACCGAAGGUCAGGAGUAUAGCAUUUCAACAGAUUAUGUACUCAAGAUUUUGGGGUUGGAUAUAUGUGCUGAUACUAUGGUGGGGGAUGAAAUGUUGCGUGGUAUCUCUGGAGGACAAAGGAAACGUGUCACUACAGGAGAGAUGUUGGUUGGACCAGCAAAUGCAUUGUUCAUGGACGAAAUUUCUACUGGGCUGGACAGUUCCACAACUUUUCAGAUUGUGAGCUCUCUGAGGCAAUAUGUCCACAUUAUGAAUGGAACUGCAGUCAUAUCACUGCUUCAGCCAGCACCUGAGACUUAUGAUCUUUUUGAUGAUAUUAUCUUAAUCUCUGAUGGCCAAGUUGUGUACCAUGGCCCCCGUGAAUAUGUUCUGGACUUUUUUGAAUCUAUGGGUUUCAAAUGUCCUGAAAGGAAAGGUGUUGCUGACUUUCUUCAAGAAGUUACAUCGAAAAAGGAUCAAGCACAGUACUGGGUGCGCAGAGACCAACCAUACAGAUUUGUAACCGUUACUCAAUUCGCUGAGGCCUUUCAAUCAUUCCAUAUUGGUAGGAAACUUGCCGAGGAACUUUCUGUUCCAUUUGACAAGACAAAGAGCCAUCCAGCUGCUUUGACAACCAAAGAGUAUGGUCUUAAUAAGACUGAGCUUUUAAAGGCUAACUUCGCAAGAGAGUACUUGCUCAUGAAAAGGAAUUCAUUUGUUUACAUCUUCAAGCUAUCUCAGCUUUUCGUCAUGGCUUUGAUAGCAAUGACACUAUUUUUUCGGACUGAGAUGCAUCGCGAUAAUCAGGAUCAAGCGGGUACUUAUGCUGGUGCUUUGUUUUUCACACUAGUGACGAUUAUGUUCAAUGGAAUGUCUGAGAUUUCUAUGACGAUCGCUAAACUCCCUGUUUUCUACAAGCAACGAGACCUUCUAUUUUAUCCUUCAUGGGCAUAUGCUAUUCCUUCGUGGAUUCUCAAGAUUCCCAUUACAAUAUUAGAAGUUUCUCUUUGGGUGUUUCUUACCUAUUAUGUUAUUGGAUUUGAUCCAAAUGUUGGCAGGUUUUUCAAGCAGUGGCUUGUACUGUUUUUCAUGAGUCAGAUGGCUUCUGCAUUGUUCCGAGCCACCGCAGCCCUGGGUAGAAACAUGAUUGUAGCCAACACGUUUGGGUCAUUUGCAGUUCUCACACUUCUUGCAUUGGGUGGCUUCAUUCUCUCAAGAAAGGAUAUCAAAGGCUGGUGGAUUUGGGGUUACUGGAUCUCACCUUUGAUGUAUGGGCAGAAUGCUUUGAUGGCCAAUGAAUUUCUUGGGAACAGUUGGCACAAUGCUACUUUUGAUUUGGGAAAAACAUAUCUCGAUGCCCGUGGGUUCUUCCCACAUGCAUAUUGGUAUUGGAUAGGCGUCGGGGCAUUGGCUGGAUUUGUGUUCCUUCUCAACGCGUUGUUUGGUUUCGCUCUUGAUAUACUAGGCCCAUUUGAUAAGCCUAGUGCAACAGUACCUGUAGAAGAAGACGAUUCAUCUAACUUACGAGAAGUUGAAUUACCACGCAUAGAAAGUUCAGGAAGAGGAGAUUCUGUUACAGAGUCCAGCCAUGGAAAGAAGAAAGGAAUGGUUCUUCCAUUUGAACCACAUUCUAUCACUUUUGAUGAUAUUGUAUACUCUGUUGACAUGCCAGCGGAAAUGAAAGAGCAAGGUGUGACAGAGGACAGAUUAGUGCUUUUGAAGGGUGUUAGUGGCGCAUUCAGGCCUGGUGUUCUUACAGCUCUGAUGGGUGUAAGUGGAGCUGGUAAGACAACUUUGAUGGAUGUUCUGGCUGGUAGGAAAACCGGUGGAUAUAUUGAUGGAGACAUAAAGGUUUCAGGAUACCCUAAAAAGCAAGAAACAUUUGCUAGAAUCUCUGGCUACUGCGAGCAGAAUGAUAUCCAUUCACCUCAUGUUACAGUUUAUGAAUCUCUUCUUUACUCGGCAUGGCUUCGUUUACCUGCGGGAGUUGAUACCAAGACCAGAGAGAUGUUCAUUGAGGAAGUCAUGGACCUGGUGGAGUUGAACUCAUUGAGAAACUCCUUGGUUGGUUUGCCUGGUGUGAGUGGUCUCUCAACCGAACAACGCAAGAGGCUGACUAUUGCAGUUGAACUAGUGGCUAAUCCAUCCAUAAUUUUCAUGGAUGAGCCUACUUCUGGUUUAGAUGCUAGAGCUGCUGCAAUUGUUAUGAGAACCGUAAGGAACACAGUGGACACAGGAAGAACAGUUGUGUGUACCAUCCAUCAGCCUAGCAUUGACAUAUUUGAAGCAUUUGAUGAGCUAUUCCUUAUGAAACGUGGAGGACAAGAAAUAUACGUUGGACCACUGGGACGUCAUUCUACUCAUUUGAUCAAGUAUUUCGAGAGCGUUGACGGGGUGAGUAAAAUCAAAGAUGGAUAUAACCCAGCAACAUGGAUGUUGGAAGUUACAACUACCGCACAAGAACUUAAUUUGGGUCUUGAUUUUACCGAGUAUUACAAAAAUUCAGAUUUAUAUAGGAGAAACAAGCAACUUAUACAAGAACUUGGCCAGCCGGCUCCCGGUUCAAAGGAUCUUCAUUUCGCUAGUCAAUUUUCGCAGUCUUUCUUGGUCCAAUGCCAGGCAUGCUUAUGGAAGCAACGUUGGUCAUAUUGGCGUAAUCCACCAUACACUGCUGUGAGGUUUUUCUUCACUACAUUCAUAGGCAUAAUGUUUGGAACAAUGUUCUGGGAUCUUGGUGGCAAACACAAUAAUAGACAAGACCUGUUGAACGCUGUGGGUUCAAUGUAUACUGCUGUUCUCUUCCUUGGAGUACAAAAUUCAUCUUCCGUGCAGCCAGUUGUUGCAGUUGAAAGAACUGUGUUUUAUCGAGAAAAAGCUGCUGGAAUGUAUUCUGCCUUACCCUAUGCAUUUUCACAGAUUUUGGUAGAGCUACCUUAUGUCUUUGCUCAAGCUGUGACAUACGGAGUCAUAGUCUACGCUAUGAUCGGAUUUGACUGGACAGCAGAGAAAUUCUUUUGGUAUCUAUUCUUCAUGUACUUCACAUUGCUCUACUUUACCUUCUAUGGUAUGAUGGCUGUGGCAGUGACACCAAAUCACCAUGUUGCUGCUAUUGUGGCUGCUGCAUUUUAUGCAAUUUGGAACCUCUUUUCAGGAUUUGUCGUCCCAAGACCUGCCAUUCCAAUUUGGUGGAGAUGGUACUACUGGGCAUGUCCAGUUGCAUGGACCAUCUAUGGAUUGGUUGCAUCUCAAUUUGGAGAUAUAACUACUUUUAUGCCCCAAGAAGGAAAAGAUGUGAAAACUUUCCUUGACGACUUUUUUGGUAUCAAACACAACUUCAUAGGAGAGUGUGCAAUUGUGGUCGGUGGAAUCGCUGUUGCCUUUGCAGUUAUUUUCGCUGUUGCAAUCAAGACCUUUAACUUCCAAAAGAGAUAGAUUGUACUGUUUCUCCUACAAGAAGGAUUCAUUAUAUUUUUUGUCCCCCCCCCCCCCCCCCAAUUUUACUUGUAUCUAUAUUCCAUGAAGUAGUUUCGUAGGAAAUUUAUUUCCACUUGUUUGACACAAUUUGAAGCUUCCUUUAUAACUGUACAAGCAUUUGAAUUUGAAUAAGACAGUAUUUUUGCAUUACUAGUUUGAUUAUCAAUGAAAGAUAAUGUAUUUUGUUUCCA